AUGGAUAAGAACGUGUGUAGUAACUUCAUUUAUGUAACGACGAAUUUAGAAUAUGAUUCGAAUAAUAAAGAUUAUAAAUUUAAAGAAGAUGAACAUCUUAAAAAUUAUUGUAUUAGUGGUUGUGAUAAUAAUCUCGAAAAAAUUAAUGCUGGGUGCUUAUAUUUGUUAUAUACAUUCUUUGGGAGUUCUGAUUUGUUUCAGUCUGUUGCUAAAAGUAACACCAAUAUUGUUGAUUACAUUAUUAUAUGGUUAAGUUAUAUGUUAAGCCUAAUGGAUAAUGAAUUAAAAGAAAGUCUAGGUUUUUUUUAUAAAACAUAUAUAAUUGGUGGUGAUAAGUAUAAAAAUACUAUAGCUGAUAUUAGUGAAUAUAAUAGUUAUAUGGAACUUAUAACUAAAAAUCACGAUUUGACGAAUGUGAAUAUGAAUAAAAAUAUUAUAUCUGAAUUAUAUGAUGCAUUUAAAUUAUUAUGUGAAAUGUAUACUGAAUUUAAUGAAAACACGUCAAAUUGCACAAAAUGUUCGGGAAAAGCUGAUCAAUUUGUUAAAAAAUAUGAAAAACUUAAGAACGAUUCUAGUAUUGCUAAAAAUAGUUCAUAUAGUAAAGUAUUGUGUACUUUAUCAACUGAUUAUGAUAAUUUAAAAAAUAAAUGUAAAAAUUUUCCACUCUUCCCAGAGAUAAAUACAACACAAAAUAGUGUAAAAUGUUCUGAAAAUAUUUUAAAACAAAUUUCUGAAGAUGCAUCAUCAAGUUCGUCGAUAACAAACAAAUUAUUACUAGUUUUAUCGAUAUUUGGUGCAAUAGGAAUUUUUUUGGGAAUUUCUUAUAAGUAUUCAUUAUUUGGAUUUCGGAAAAGAGCUCAAAAACAACAUUUAAGAGAAAAACUAAAAAAUAUAAAGAAGAAAAUGAACUAUUAA